CCACCACAACCCUCGAAGGACAGGCGUCGUCUCUGUCGGGUUGCAUCCCAGCCAUUGACCGACUGUCGGGCUGCGUCGCAAUCAAGCAAAAUGAACCCGCUGGGCUUUAGCUCGCACCACGUCCCCGUUACGAGCCUCUCUCAGAUCCGCAGCGCCGGGUUCCGUCGGUCGUCCUCGUCCGCAAGAGCAGCACAAUGCCAGAAGUGCCUUGGCGUUGGACAUUGGUCCUACCAGUGCACCUCCGAGCGGGCAUAUGUGCAGCGAGCCUCACGCACCAAGCAGUUAUCAAAACCUCUCCCGCUGCCCUCAGAGCGGAUCGUGCAGCAAGCACAGAGGCGAGGGGUAGCCGACGAAAUCAUAUCGAGGAACGAGCAGCGCCGCAAAAGGCUCAAGGCUGAGGAGAGCACUGACUCUGGCGACGAGAGCGAUAGCAGCAGUGCCAGCAGCUCGAGCAGCUCGAGCAGCUCAAGUCGAUCGAGCAGUAGAUCCAGCAGAUCCAGCAGCGGUAGCAGCAGAUCCAGUCGAUCCGAUAGCCGAUCUAGUCGGUCCAGCCAAGGAUCGAGCAACAGCAGCAAGUCCAGCAAAAGUAGCCGCAGUCGGUCCCCCUCACAAGAACGACCGAGUCGCUCUGAUGGACGCAACGCUGCCCGAGCGGACGAUGGCGGCCGAAAAGUCGAGCGAAUAGCCAGCCGUGAUCGAGAACCAACGCAGCACGAAAAUCGUCGUGCCAGCAUCGCCGAUCAGCAUCGCGGACGCAGCGGCCCUGGCCAGCGAAACCAAAGCAGCAGCCAAAGCAGAAGCAGAAGCAGAAGCAGGGGUAGGAACAAGAAUACAAGAAGCUCCAGCCAAAGUAGCAUUGGUAGCUCGAGCUCUCGCAGCGUUUCCAGCGCUAGCAGAUCGCCCAAACAUGACCGGGACCGUCGAGAUCGCUCGCGGGAUAGUCAUCGCAGCUAGUCGUUGCUUUCGUGCUAUAACGCCUGGAGUGCACUGCUCAGACUCUAGAGAUGGAUCAAAGUUCCGUAUCGAAUAUAGUGACGACUGUGCGCAACAUGCCUGCUUUGAAGUGUAUGACGGAUUCCAGACGUUGCUCGAAGCAGCAUGGUCAGUUGAACACUGUAUGCUGGAGCUUCCGAUGGAAGUA